AUGGUGGAUCUAUUUCGAGGCUUGCAAUCAUCAAGUACUUUCGUUUAUUUCAUCGUCCAUUCGUUUUUAUUUACCGUGCACAGUGAUCCUACGAUUGGCAAGGUUAGUACAGCUCGAUUUACCAGCAUCGAUCAAUUAAAUACUGGAACAACAUGGAUUUCUAAUCAACUUACAGUGGAACAGUGCUUAUGCACAGCUCUACUGCAAUACACUAAUGUUCUUCUGUUCAACAGUUAUUCAAAUGGUUCAUGUCAAUUAUUUUUUGCAUUACCUUACACAUAUACAAUGGAAUAUCGAAAUGAUUCGACGAUUAUUCUCCUUUCGCCAUUGCCGCCGAGAGACCAAGCACCGUGUUGUUCAAAUCUCCCGUGGCUUAUGAGUCGUAUAGUCAAUUCAUCAACAACAACGCUGACGUUAAAGCAUCCUUCUCACUUAAUUAUUGAUGAUUUUAAUUAUUUAGUAGUUCUCUAUAAUUCUUAUACAGUAAAUCGAUACAGUCGAUCGACCAUGUUAUUAAACUCGACGAUAUCAGUCGGUGUUUUUACGGAGGCAUUAAGUUACUACAAUAGACAAUAUUUUUUAACUAAAGGUAUAAGUCAUACGUCAGACCUCGCGAUUUACUCGAUGGAUACACUUGCAAACACGGCGACUGUUGGCAUUGCCAGAGAUCCGCGAGAUUAUGUUUUCAUUCGCAAUGGUUCUAUCAUGGUCGUCAGCAUUCAAACAUUGCAACUCAUUUCCUUCUACAACGUCAUUUCUCCAACAUCAUAUACGUUGGCAUUUUCAUUGUCAGCACCGGAAGCACCCAAUAAGAUCUAUCGAGUGAAUGAUUCCUUGCUGUAUAUAACAACUCUUACUACUAAUCGACCGAUUUACACAUUGACCUACGAUAGCACAGACAAUAACUGGACAUGGGGAAGUUUACCAGCGACGACUAGUGAUAUAGGAGAGGGUAAUUUCCAACAGCCAUUUCACCAUCUCAUUAUCAUUAAGACUCUAAUUGAUAUUAAUCGGCCCAUGGCAUCCCAAACAAGCGAACAAACGGAAAUAUUUCUCAGAUCGCCUGAUGAAAUCGCAUUUAUUAAAAAAACAAAUAUUAUCAAAAUUGCCGAUCCUAAUAUUCCUGUGGAAGACAAUAAUAAGUUUAUUCAAGUUAUUCGGCCAUUACUGAUUGAACUCAUUGGUACUGCUUUAUUUGUUCUUAUUGGCUUAUGGGGCGCUUGUUCAAAUGGUGGUGUUAUCGCAGCUGCAUUAUCGUUUGGUCUUGCUUUGAUGGUCCUAUCCGGUAGUUUUGGUCAUAUAUCAGGUGUUCAUUUCAAUCCAUCUGUUACAAUCGGACUUUUAAUUGCCGGAGAAAUCCAACCUGUUAUGGCGAUACUUUAUGUUGUCAUGCAACUUUUAGGAGGCAUUGCUGCUGGUGGUCUCUUACGUUUAUUACUUGCAAGUCAUCCUUAUGUUGGAUGCAAAGGUGGUGCAACAGUUCUAACAACAUAUGCUGCAGUGAACCGCACAGUUGACAAUCGCGUUGUCUAUUAUAUGGCCGAUCAAGUCACCUGGUGGCAAGGAAUUUUAAUUGAAGCUAUUGUUACAUUUGUACUUGUCACAGUCAUUAUUAUGGUCGCUCUUGAUUCGAAAUCAAAAACUGGUUUAGCACCUGUUCUCAUCGGAUUCACUUUAGGUGUUAACAUUCUCGCUGUUGGAGCUUACACCGGUGGUUCACUCAAUCCGGCUCGCUCACUUGGUCCAGCUAUCUUUGCCAACGUAUGGAAUGAACAUUAUGUUUAUUGGAUUGGUCCUCUUGCUGGAGCCGUCGUUGCUGCUCUUCUCUAUCGAACGGUCUGGGCCCAUCAUGAUCGUCGUAUGUUUGUUAAACGUACAAAUGCAGUUGUCAAACAUUAA